AUGCCUGGCGAUAGUGUACAAGAAGAGCUCCCCCUCUUCUUCAACAAGGGUGUUGAGGGGGCCGAUCACUUCUAUCCGGCGAAUGAACCGGUGUCGGUUGGUGAAGCCUUCCCUGCAAAUGCUCGCCUACCCAUGCUCUUCCAACAUCUCAAGAUCCGCUCGGUCGAUUUUAAGAACCGUAUCUGGGUCGCACCCAUGUGCAUGUACUCCAGCGAGAAUGGACAUGCAACAGACUUCCAUUUGGUACAUAUUGGAGCUAUGGCACUCCGCGGGGCCGGUGCUAUAACUAUGGAAUGCACUGCCGUCCGGCCCGAAGGGCGUAUGUCGCCUCAAGACGCUGGCCUCUGGCAAGAUAGCCAGAUUGAGCCUCUGCGAAGAAUCACCAAUUUUGUCCACGCUCACGGAGCCAAGAUCGGUGUUCAGCUCUCGCAUGCUGGGAGGAAGGCUUCCACAUAUGCGCCAUGGGUUCAGCGCAAGCGUGAUAGGAUAUCGAGCCUCGUGCAAAAGGAUAUGGCCACGGAGGCAGAGGGUGGCUGGCCUGAUGAGGUGAUUGGUCCCUGCGACAUCAAGUACGACGUGGGAUACGCGCAGCCCCACCCCAUGUCAAAGGAAAAGAUUGAUGAAGUGAUAGAGUCAUUCGCUGCUGCAGCAGAGCGUGCCAAGAAGGCUGGAUAUGAUUACAUUGAAAUCCAUGGCGCGCAUGGUUACCUCAUCCACUCCUUCUGUUCUCCCCUCUCAAACAAUCGCACCGACGAAUAUGGCGGCUCUCUUGAGAACCGUUUGCGUAUGCCAAUCGCCCUCGCCAAGCGCGUGCGGGAAGCGUGGGGCGACGACAAGCCCAUCUUCUGGCGCCUGAGCUCGACUGACUGGGCCGAAGGACCGGAACAAGACCCCACGACUGGCGAAUGGCUCCAAUGGGGAAUUGAGCAGUGCACUGUGCUCUCCAGGGAGCUCCACAAGGUUGCCGGCAUUGAUCUCAUCGACGUCAGCUCCGGUGGCAAUUGGAAGGAUGCUAAGAUCAAAGUAUAUCCUGGGUACCAAAAGCCUGGUGCCGCACACAUUAGGAAGGAAGUUCCUGAGGUGUUAGUUGCGGCCGUCGGUCAGAUUACGAGUGCCGUUCAGGCAGAAGGGUAUCUCGAGGAAGGAAGUGCCGACGUAAUCUUCUUCGCCCGGCAAAUCCUCCGGAAUAUCGACUUCCCCCUUCGUGCAGCCCAGGAACUCCUAAUCGCGGUCAAACCGAUGAGCCAAUAUGAGUACGGAUGGAUGGGAAUGCUUGGGUGGGGAUAUCCUUGGUAA